UUGCCACUGACCCAAGUCCCAUCAUCAUUCCCGACGAGACGAUAAUCUCUUCCUCCUCCGGCGAAGCCUAGUCAGUCGCCUUCUCUUUCAACUCUCAUCGCCAUCCAUGUCUCCUUAGUAUCUCUCCGUCAUCAUCUGUAAAUCAUCCUCUAUCCUCGCCGUUCAACCCAGGCCGCGUUUUGAUUAAUUUAAGAAUCUAAUCUCCUGUUGAUUCUCCUCCUCUGCUCGUGAAGAUUCCGACCCCAUGUAAUGUGAUUUUCUUCCGAUCUCUGUUCAUUUCAAUUCGACGGCGAUCGAUCGCUGAGUCAGUUCAUCGGAUUAGUGGAUAGGCUUUGAUCGUAUCUGUGCAAAAGGUUUUGACGAUUAGUAUUUGUGUGAAGCUUUUUGCUGACUUUUUUGAGAUUGAUGCUGGAUCUCAAUCUCGACGUCGACUCAAAGGAGGUUUCCGGUGCUGUUUUGAAUCAGAUGGAUGAAUCAGUGACGUCGAACUCUUCGCUAGUCAAUGCCGAGGCGUCCAGCUGCAUCGAUGGUGAAGAGGAGCUGUGUUCCACACCCGCCGUGAAGUUUCAGUUUGAGAUACUGAAAGGAGGAGGUCGAGAAGAUGAAGAAGGAAGAAGUGAGGUGAUGACUAAGGAGUUUUUCCCUAUUGAGAAAGGUGCGAGCUUUGGGGAUUCGAGCGGACAGAGUUCCAGGAGCUCCGUUGAUAUUUCUUUUCAGAGAGGGAAUCAAGGCCGAGACGCUGCGAGGGUGAUGCAGCCACCAGCACAGCCGGUGAAGAAGAGCAGGAGAGGGCCUAGGUCAAAGAGUUCUCAGUAUAGAGGCGUCACUUUCUAUAGGAGGACAGGCAGAUGGGAGUCACAUAUCUGGGAUUGCGGUAAACAAGUUUAUUUAGGUGGAUUUGACACUGCCCAUGCUGCAGCUAGGGCGUAUGAUCGAGCUGCUGUCAAGUUCAGGGGUUUGGAGGCUGACAUCAAUUUCGUUAUCAGCGACUAUGAAGAGGAUCUCAAGCAGAUGGCGAAUCUUGCCAAAGAGGAAGUUGUGCAAGUACUUCGGCGUCAGAGCUCUGGUUUCUCGAGGAAUAAUUCAAGAUAUCAAGGAGCUAAUUUGCCGAAGAUUGGCGGAUGGGGAGGAGCUCAAAUGGAGCAGUUAAAUGGAAACAUGGCUUAUGACAAGGCGAUAGCCACAAAAUGGAAUGGAAGGGAGGCUGCUUCUUUAAUCGAGCCUCAUGCACCCAGGAUUAUUCCAGCGGCAGCUAAUGCUAAGCUCGACCUCAACUUGGGAAUCUCUCUUUCACUGGGAGAUAGCCCAAAGCAAAACCUUAACAAUGUCGUAUGUGGAAGGAACUCCAAGAUGGAGAACCACAUGGCUGCAUCGACAUGUGAUACACCUUUCAAUUUCUUGAAAAGGGGUUCAGACCACCUUAUUAACCGGCAUGUCCAUCCUUCUGCGUUCUUUUCACCCAUGGAAAGAACACCAAAGGAAGGUUUUAUGCCAAGGUCUCCCCAAAGCUUCCCUGCCAGGACAUGGCAACCGCAAGAUCAGCCCAGUGGUGGAACGGCCACAACAGCUACAGCAACGCCACUGCUAUCAAAUGCAGCAUCAUCAGGAUUCUCACACUCAGCUACACACCCGCCUUCUUCAUCCACUGCUACUCUUCAUCCUUCUCUGCCCUUCCUCAAUCUGAAUAUGCCCGGUCUCUAUGUCAUCCACCCAUCUGAGUACGCAUCUCAUCACCACCAUGACAUUAACCGCUCACAACCACCACCAUAGCGUCCUGAUUCUUCCGCCACACUCAAGGUUCCAAACAUCGCUGAAAGUUGGAAAACUUUGAACUUGACUGUGGAAGGGCCAAUCCCUAAAAUAUAUUGCACUCUAUUUGCCAUUGUUUGCUUCUCAUUCUUCUUUUGAUUUGUAACAUAUAAGCCAGGGGGUACUUACAAAACAGAAACCCAAACCCCAUUUGUCAUAUUACUAUGAUGUCUCUGAGACUGAUUCGGAUAACCUUGUUCAAACUCAAUGCAAUCUAUUUGUAUGAAUA